AGUGCGCUUUGCUCAAACAAGCUUUGGGUGGGUUAAAGCAAUGGAAGGAACUCCACCCACACCUCCAACGCCUCCAGAGGUUACCAGAAUGUUUCAGAAAAUGGCUGGGAAAAUAUCUACUUCUUCCAGUGGCUCAAGUUCAGACUCAAGUUCUAGCUCAAGCUCAGCUGGUGCUGAUCAGCGAACGAACACAGAGGGGGUGGCCAAGGAAACAACUCCAACAGCAGAUGGUGAACCAGGCAAGGCAGGGCAAUACCAACAACAAGAAUCUGAUGAUGAAGGCAAAGUGGCCCAGCUCAUGAAGGAACAGGCCAAGCUUGGCUGCAAUGAGCUUGAGCCUUGGCAGAAUUUGAGGAACGCGUCAUUUGCAGCCAGGGAGGCAUCAAAAUCGAAAUGGCCAGAUGGACCACGCAGCUACAAAGAGCUGUUUGGAUGGGCGGAUUACAACAGCCAAGUGCUUUUGUCUGACUUGCCAGACAAACAAGCCCACAAGUCCAACUUGGUGGCCUUGAUGUCUAGAGGCAUCCAACACCAUGAUGCGUUUUCUGGUUUGGGAACCGCUUCAAUAGCUUGCAAGUCUCAGCUGCAAAGCAUGAGCCGGCUACUCAAGCAGUCUGCAGGACCAGGUUCAGCAGAUGCUGUGCCAGAUGCUGAUGCAGCCUAUGAGUGUGUCACAGCUUGUGACAAUGACAAGAUUCCACAGUUUGUGCUCUGUGGGCUGUGCAAGGAGCAUGCGCCAUCCCAUGUUCAAGUCAGCUUGGAAGACCGUGUAUCCCCGGAAGCCAUCAAGAGGAUGAGAAAAAUCAGAGCAGACACAGAGUUUGAGCUAGCGACCGAGAAAGGCGAGAUGGAUCUGGAUGAUGAGGUAGGCGCUGGAGAGAGGGACAAGGCCUUGACUUCAAAGUAUGGAGAACUGCUCUUGGACCGUUUCAUGAACUUCUUGGGCUCCACUCCUGAGAUUUGGAAACAUAAAGCUGUUUGCAUCAAGCAUGACCCGCCAACUGGGAAGCCUUUGAAGAGAAGGUCCAAUGAGGAGCAGCGGGAGUGUGAGACACCUGUUGGGCUUCUGACCCUCGAGAAUGGCCACAAGAUUCGUGUGGCUUCAGCAGGGACAACGUGCGCAGAUGUCAGUCAAUUUGGGGCCAUGGCUGGUCUCAUGGGACCAAGCUGUGAAUCACUGGCGCUGUGGCUGUCGGAAAGAGCUCAAUGUUUGGAGGAUGUGAUCGUCCAUGAGUGCACAUCGUUAUUCUCGAAGGAUAUCUUUUGUCGCUACCUCCCUCAGUACGAGGUGCAUAGGCCGAUUGCUCUGAGUGGGGAGGACCUCAUGUUGAGCCCUCAUCAACUGGGGUGGCCCUUGCACAGACCCCGAGCCUACACUGUUCUUACAAAGCGUGCGACAGUCAAGUUGGAUGGGUUCAACGAGACCCUCUGCUCUCUUUUCCGAAAGUGCAUGAUCUCUGUGGAAAGUCUUUUUGUGGCACCAGAGGAGGAGGUGGCUGAGGAAAAAUCUAUUUUGGCUAAGUCAGUGUGCAAAUCAGCUUCGCUCCCAUUUGCAGAAUUGCUUUCAGGCGCUAAGAAGGUAUGGCUGCAAGGCUACAAGGACCACCCAAAGGUUGAGAAAUACUGGAAUCGCGGCUCCAGUGCGCUGCUGGCGAACCUUCAACAAAAUCCAAAAGUAAGACCAGUGGUUUCUGAAUAUUGCCCAACUCUUUUGCGGAAAGGCAUGAUGUUUUUGAUUCUUCGGCCAUGCAGCUUGGGCUCGGGCCCUGUGAGAGAAGAACGAUAUCUUUUGCCCAAGGAGACCCUGAACUCCAUGGGGCACGCUCAGUACGCUGAGUUUUCUGGCUCAGGGCUGUUCCCGAUUGUCGACACGAAAGGCUUGUCACCAGCUGCAAUCCGGCAGCUAUCUGGAAACGCAAUGCAUUGCGCUGUGGUUGGCACUCUUUGGGCCGUCAUCAUGGUCAGAAUGGAACCUGUUGAGCAUCAAAGUUAGCUUCGUGCUCACCAGUCAGCUUGAUACUCCCAAGCCUGCUGUAGCCCAA